AUGUUCCUCAAUAGCUCCGCUGUACAAGUCACGUGGUCCAUCUUGAAGCACGUGGUGGAGAAGAUGGUCAGAGGCGGCCCGCAGAUCUAUCCUCUGACAGAGAGGCAAGGCUAUUGGGAACGUUGUGGUUGGGACUGUCCGAAGGAUUUGAAGGUGGUGGUGGAGGGGACCAAAUGCGGAGAACACUUGCCUUGCUGGGGGCAGACGCUGGACUUGUCAAGGCUUGGCGCUGUUGUUCGAAGCAUCCAGGACUUCAUCGACCUGCAUGGCAAAGGUGAAGCUUGGCACCGGAUGCACCGGAACCUGGACCCCGAGCUGAAAUGGGAGCGGAAGAAGUGGCAAUCACAAGCAUCACUCGCCUCGGCGUUUCAUCUCCUCGAGGCUUUCUUCGCCGGGGAGAUUCAGAAAAAGGACUUGAGAGCAGCAGGGGAACCCGGGUCCGGGAAUGCCUGGCUCGAAGGUCUGAAGAUCGGCGGCCUCUGGCUCGCGGUGCGGAGACCAUCGCAGGUAAGCGAGUUCAACUGGGCACAGACCCCUUGCAAGUCACAGCCUGGGCGUCAGGGGCGUGGGCUGGAAGGCCUUCCAAUCUUCACCGACACAGCGCUGCCCGGCACCACCGUCUACGUGCUCUCGGAGCGGGACGGGUUUGCAGAAGGCGUGCCGCCCUUCAAAGGUUGCAUGUCUGCGAGUCUGAAGGCAGUGGAAGAACUUGUGGCAUCUUCGGGCGGUUGCAUCUGCGCAGACUUCGAGGGGAACCUGCUCGGCCUCGGAGGUGACAUUACGGUCCUCCAGCUCGCUAUUGGAGAAGGACUCGCGACGGGCUCCCCCCAGAUCCAGUGUUUUCUGGUGGAUCCCAAGUGUGAAGCGGCGAUGGACGCAGUGAAGCGGCUGAUGAAGACAAAUUCGAUAUGCAAGUGUUUUUGGGCCGCUGAGAAGGACCAGGAGGCUCUGCACCAGCUGGGCAUCUACCCGAAGCGUCUCGCAGAUCUGCAGAAAGUCUAUGGGGGGUCAAGGUGCUCCAUGGACAAGGCGUACGAGAACCUGACGAGCUCUCGGAAGGUUCCAAGGCAGCUGACAGGACUGGUGCCCAGCAAGAGCGAGUUCCAGCCAGACUGGGAUGUAAAGCUAUCCAAGAAUCUUCCCAGCUUUGGCGAUGGCAUGGAAAGUCCUGUGCUCUCGCGUAGUGCCAUGGUGUAUAGCGCCGGUGACGUGGUUCGGCUGCUCAUCAUGAAGCACAGUAUGCAGCAGAGCCUGCAAGCUGCAGACGGGUCAGACCCCAACUCGUCCCAAUGGGAGGCCAAGUUGCAAAAGUCAAUCGAAGAAGCUGACGAAAGAAUGAGGGAGUUGCACACAGCAAAGGGCCUGAGAGCGGUCUUCCAGGAGGCUGUCCAAAGAAAGAACACAGCCUGGGGAAAUUCCUUGCGCUAUUCUGCGAAGCUAAAUCAGGUGAUUCGAGUUUGCAAGUGGGUAAAACUCAGUGAAGCGGAUUUGGGAAAGCUUCGAGACGAGAUCUCUCGUGAGCUGCAUCGAUGCGAGCAGGAGUUCGGCGGGACAGUUCCUGAUGAUUUCACGUUCACAGGCCUCGUGAUCGUGUGCACGGUGUGGGACGUCUGGUUCCACCUGUGCCUGGAGCUUCCCGACCCGCCGCUCUGGGCCGAGUGA